AGCAAUUAAUUCAAUUUCAAAAAUUAAUAUUUCUCGUCAUGAUUCCAAUUUAUAAGGACCGUGUAGUACCAAAAUUUACAACCGGAAUAUGGUCUUGGAACACCGCCAAGGAGAAGCCUAAUUUCUUGUCAUGGGAAGGAAAAAACGUGGAACAUGAACACAACGUUCAAUCAUCAAGUGGAUACAAAUUCAAAGCAUUCAUCAAUCAAAUGGAAGAAGUUAUAUUCCGAGACGAAUUUGCCAACAUAUCUGAAAACACAGAUGAGGCUGAAAUAGUUCGAAUUGAAGACAUCAAGAAUCUAGUUUUGUUUCUGGCUCCAUCCGAAUUUAUUACGAAUAAAUUUAUAACCUUCAUACACAACAAGACAGUUGAUAAAUUUUUUAAUGCUUUGAUAAUUUAUUUUGAGCAUUUUCUUCGCCUUGUCGAAUUCAUUCUAAUUCGACGAGAUGAAGUUUCCGGAGAGACAACAGCUCAAGUUCAGAGUACCGAAAGUGCAAAAAUCAAACGGAUUUACUCAGAGCACCUCUCUCAGUAUCGUAUAAUUCUUGCUCGAGAGUAUAGUGAGAUAGUUAUGGGAAGUGGAGAAAUGGCCCCGUUUUAUCAUCUCAAUACACUUGUGAAAAUAUCAAAAACUCAUGUAGACCGAUGCCUAUAUGAGAUGCUAUUGGCUUUUUCAACACAAUUAGUUUGGAUAGCUCACAGUCGAAGGGCUUACGAAACUAUUGAUUGUGAAAUGAAUCGACUCUUUCGAUCGGAUCACUUUAAGUUAAAUCGAAAGGAUCCGAUUGACUUUAGCUACGUGGAAGAGGACCUACUCUAUGGCUAUAAUAACAAACGAGUCAACUUUCGACGACAGAAUUCUCCAUUGAUCCAAGAAUUACGCAAUGUAUCUCGACAAAAUUUGCCAAUUUUAUGGAUUGGCGAGAAGAAAUAUCGCGGGAAUGAUCUGCGAAUGCAACAAAUCGAAAUGGAAUUGAUCCUUCCCGACAGUGAUCUUUGUUUGAUCGAUAUUAAACAUGGAAUUUUAGGCAAUCCAAAGUCCUUAUUCAAUACAAUGUUUGAGGUUGAUGCUGGACCAAUGAGAAUACGUGGACAUUCGGAAAAUUAUGAUCCAUAUUUUAUGGUAAGACAACCUUAUUUGGAAAUUCCAAACCUUGAUGAAAUCCGAGUGAGGAGCAAAGAGCAUUUGGAAUCAUACUUUGACUUCAAAGAUAGAAGAUUUCAAUAUGUUAAGAAAAUGUUCAUCAAAUGGAAACGGCGUGACAAAAUUAUAGAGAACUAUAUGAGUGGAGGACAGGCGAUGGAUGUUGUCGAGAGAUACAAACGUGAAUUUGCUGUGACUAAGGUGCCAACUUUGAAUAUCGCUAGUAUAACCCAAGCAUUCAUUGCUAAGAGAUUAUUGAGAAAAAAAUAAAUACCUA